GUUGAGAGGCUGCAGGAUUUGUGAUUCUGAAGAUGUUGUAGCGCGUUCACUUGUCAUGAGCAGUUGAUAGAUUGUACAGUACUUCUUCUUUCUUUCCCGACACUGGUCAGUCGCUUGGUAUGUUGGGCUCAUACGUCUGCCGUCAGUGCAGAGCGCGCCUAAACCCUCGCCUUCUACCUUCCAGAAUCCCUCAAUGGCAACCACGAGCCACGUUCAUCUCGCUGCGCCGUAAGCAACCACAAAACGGCGCCGAGCAGACCGAAGCCCGGAGACAGCCAGACGACACAGACACCACACAUGAAACUGACCAAAGCCCCUCGUAUAAUCUGUUCGACCGAACCCAGACAAGUAACCAGGCUGCCAGCGAUGGUACUCGGCGCGUUGGUAGAUACUCGAGGCAUUUGCGCGACAGCGUUGGUGACGCGCCAGAGACUCUCGAUGCUGGCCCACCAGAAGAGGUUAAAGACGUCGAAGAUGCAGGAAAAGCUUACACGGUUCGAAUUCUGGGGCAUCUGCGAGGUCAGGGAGUGAAGGAUGCGUGGGCAUUGUUCGAAAGGACCUACACUUCAGCCGAUUGCGAAGCGCUCACGAAGCCCUCCACUACAGAUAUUCGCCUAAUAAACGACAAGCGCUUCUUCAGCAACCUCUUGACUCAAGUUGUCAAGGAUUUCUGUCAAAAACAAGGAGAGCCGGCAGUUACUCCGACGACUGCACUGUUCAAAUACGAGCAGCUCGGCAUCGCACCUCCAGGAUUGUGGAUUAAGGACGCGAUUGAACCUUUGACGCAUCAAGUGAUGCUCGCCGCCAACGGCGCUAGCACAACACUGCAACGGGAUUUGUCCUCUCUACUUUUCGAGCUUGUUUCCGUCUGGCGGUUGUUCUUCCAGUGCAAAGGGAAUGGCAAUGAUUCACUGGAGGCCAUCAGCCCAGAGUGGAACCUACCUACCAUUGAUGCUUUGCCACAGAUUUUCCAAUCAAACGAUUUCAAUUACCGUUUGCAGGACUUCCAUCCGAAAUCCAUUGGCAGCCCAACUUUGGGGUUCUGUGCAGUCUACAUGUUCAAUCUGUCCGAUGCCAUAAACUCCAACGAGUCUCUUAGAGCUCAAGCAGCCCCUUUUCUGGACCUGUUAGCUCGUGUCCUGGCGGGCGUAAGAGUUAAUUCUGUCUUGAACUACCCAGCCUACUCGAAAACUUUCCAGGCACUUCCCCAAGAGGUGCAGGCUGAGAUCAGAAAGGAGAUUGAAUCAGCACCAAGUAGGGCGUUGAGCAUGUUGGGACAGCAGUCAAGUGGCUCUGACAAAGAAACAAUACAACGCGCUGGUCCUUCUACCACCGAUCUGGAGUCAUUCAAUCUUAAAGCAAUAGCGCGUGCAGUCGAAGCGAAGACAUCACCCGUGGUUCUUGAGGGUCAUUGGAAACGCAUUCUGAGGGACUACACAGAGGGCGGCAAGACGUCGAUACCGCCUAGAAUUUACAAUGCUUUCCUAUCUGGGUAUCUGGUCCUGCGACAAGCCGGACGCUCGGUCGAAGUAUGGAAUCACAUGAUGGCGAAUGGUGUCAAGCCUGAGCUGCCAACCUGGGUUGCAAUGCUCGAAGGAUGUGAGAAAGCAAAAGAUCUUGACGGCUUCAACGCGAUGUGGCAGCGUAUGCAGAGCGCAGGGUUUGAACCAGACAAUUAUGCCUGGACGACACGGAUACACGGCCUGAUGUCUUUGCGUCAAAUCGAUCUUGGCCUCCGAGCUCUUGACGAGAUGGGCAAUAGGUGGCGGUCAGCAGAGACCGUCAAGAACGCUCCUCCUUCGAACUCAAGGAAUUCCAAGGGCGCAAGGAACCUCCCUACACCGGCGAAACUUGUCAACAACUGCACAAAACCAUCUGUGGAAGUAAUCAACGGCGCUAUAUCCGGUAUUGUUCAACUGCCAAAAACUGCUCGCAUAAGCCAGCAGAAGCGUGUGGAUUAUGUGCAGAAGAUCCUCAGAUGGGGGACACAAUUUGACGUCAAGCCUGAUACACGGACGUUCAACAUCCUCAUCCAGCUAUACCUCCACGCAGGCGAUUAUGCCACAGCCUUCAAGGUGCUCAAGCAAAUGGAGCUGAGCGGGUUAAGAGCGGACAUUUCGACACAUACCAUGCUUAUCACGGCAGCCUUCGAGAACGGCACUCUUGAUAACCUGUCCGAGGAAGAUCAAGCAAGCCGUCUUACCCAAAUGUUCGAAGAUCUCGAAGCCGGCGGUCUGCGCCUUAACAAUUACGUCUACGCAACAGCCAUCGACCGCCUGCUAAAGCAGUACGACAGCCACACUGCAGUCCGCAUAAUCAUCGACCACAUGCGCAGCCGCAACCUCUCGCCCAGCGCACACGUCUACACCUCGCUCAUCACCUACUACUUCCAGCAAUCGCCCCCAGCCAUCGAAGCCGUCGACUUGCUCCUGCACCAGAUCUUCGACUCUCCACACUCGGACACAGACAAGCUAUUCUUUGACCGUGCGAUUGAAGGCUACGCCGAGCACGGCGAAGUAGGCAAGAUGAUGAGCGUGCUCACCCGCAUGUCUAAGAACGGCAAGCACCCCGGUUUUCAAGCGCUCACGGCCGUCAUCAGAGCGCUCGUUGCCACCGGCGACGUCGAUCGCGCGCGCUUCAUUGUGCGCGAUGUGCAGCGGGGCGAGGGCAUUGCGUAUGGCGGCGUCACGGGCGCAUUUAAUGACCAGAAGCAGUUCCUAGCUGUUGCGCAGAGUCUGGGUGUUGGGCUAGACGAGGAACGUAUGGGAGAUAUGUUCAGGAUGAGAAAUGAUGCGAGGAUGCUUGAUGAACAGAUCAAGGUGCGGAUGCAAGAGGAGAGGGAGGCCAUUGAGAGGCAGCCAGAGCCGAAUGCUCCUGAGCAGAAGACUCCUGAGCAAAAGCUUGAGGAUCAAUGGGAAUCGUCCCCCGCGCAGAGGGAACCCGAGCAGCAGAAUCAUGAGUCGAGGGACCUAGGGCCGCCAGAGGAGGAGAUCCAUGGGUUUCUGGGACGCUGA